AUGGCCAGCGCUCUCCAGCUCGCAGGCGCCCAGGUGGCUAGCACGGGCGACGCAACCGGAACAAGCACUUUCAUUCUAGAAUCCAUCAUCCCAGGGUUUUCCAUCAUGCGCCAGCUAUUCCUCCAGUAUUUCCGGUACGACAUCACGUCUCUGGUGACGCGCGCUAUCUUUUUCGCCAUGGCUACCCAGGCCGGAAGAUACUUAGAGGAAGGCAUCAAGGAUCUCCUUCUUAGAUUCUGCUGUGCUUCAGUUACCAUCUCUCCCAACGACCGAUUGUACCGUGAGGUGACCAGUUGGAUGGCUGUUCACGUCAUCGAGAAGGGAGCUCUUCACAUGGCCGCCAAGUCGAGCAAGAACGACGACACUGCGAACGACCCGUAUCGCAAGUAUAAUGCGCUGUACGGAGCUACGCAAAUCUACGCCUACAACCCAUCCGACUUUGAUGAGAAUACUCCACCUGUUACAUACUCGCCUUCAAUCGGCACGCAGUGGUUCUGGUAUGGAUUUCGUCCAUUCAUGUACGCGCAGUACGGCAGCGGUAGGAACGGUAUGUUCUACGGAAAAGAUUGUGGAGAUAUUGUCAUAUACUCUCUCGGCAGGACUACCGCGCCUCUCAAGCGCUUCAUCCAGGAAUGCAAGGACUUCGAGGAGAAGACGCGCAAUGCGCUAACAACCAUCCAUAUCAAGAGCGGGGCACGGAGCGGAUCUAUUUGGUCGGAUCCCAUCCUGAAGCCAGAUAGGCCGCUGGAUACAAUUGACAUGGAUGAGACACUCAAGAAUGCCCUUAUCGAGGAUUUUCACGGCUAUCUUCACCCUACAGCCAGACGCUCUUACGGCCGCCGCGGUAUUCCGUAUCGCCGAGGAUAUCUCUUCUACGGCCCUCCAGGCACCGGCAAGACGUCUAUGUGUUUCGCAUUAGCCGGACACUUCAAAUUGGAGCUCUAUACCCUUUCUGGCCAAGGCUUGCAGGACUAUGAGCUCGACCAGUUGUUCACCGCGCUUCCUCCUAAAUGCAUCGUCUUAUUGGAGGACAUCGACUCCGCCGGUAUCACCCGGGAGCACAACAACGAAUCCAUGCCCGAGACGGAGCAACCGCAAAAUCAGAACUCUAGGAUGAAUUUGACUCGGGUCACGCUAAGUGGACUGCUUAAUGCUAUCGAUGGAACUACCUCCCAAGAAGGCCGCGUCCUCAUCAUGACCACUAACACUCCGGAAAAACUCGACAAGGCUCUUAUCCGUCCAGGCCGCAUUGAUCAGAUGGUUUAUUUCGGCCCUGUGACAAAGAAGAACGCAGAGAGUAUCUUUAUGCGCAUGUUCUCCCGGGACAGGAACGGCGACGAAGAGCACGCAAUCUGGUUGGUGGACACGAAACUGAGCGAGAAAGACCUUCGGGAGAUGGCUGUAGAGUUCUCAAAGAAAUUCCCAGAAGGUCAGAUCACGCCUGCCGAAGUGCAAGGCUUUCUUGUCAACACCAAAAGCCCCCACAAAGCGUUGGCGGAAGUCGAAGGCUGGAUCGCAAAGACGUUGGAAUCUAGAGAUGGGUCCAAAGCGUUUGAGAAGAUGGAGAUCAAGACUGGAGAACCCUCUGAGCCUUCGAAAGACAGCACCAAGGCCGAAGCAAGCAGCAGCGGACUGAAGAUCGGUACCGUGGGAAAGGCCAAAGAAGCUGCUGUUGAGUCGACUGAGUCAUCACCAAAAAAGACUGGACUCGAAGGAUCAGGCGCCGUGUCUCAAGGUUUCUUGCCUACCUGGGAAGCGUACAAGAUGCGAGCAUCCGAGGGUACCCCAAGCGUUGCGACUGACCCUCUUACUGAGGAAGAUGACACCACGGCGGGCGCGGAGUCGGUCACGGAGAGCCUGCACACACUGAAGUCGUUGUAAGGUACAUGUAUCACAAACCCCCAUUUCUUCCCUUAGCACCAACACUCAAAUACCCAGAUCUUUAGAGGAAACGUAUAUUGACAUAGCAUAGUCUGUUCCUUAGCGGUACGGACAGGGCACUUUUUUGGCCCUGAGCAACCACCCGGCGGCAGUUACUUUGGUGAAAACUUGGGAUUUUGCUAGUAAAGGGAACUGGCCUCUGGAUAGCUCACCAGUUACUAAAACUCCUAAU